GCCCCGCCUGAGCUCUGGAGGGGCUAGAGCGAGGCGCAGAGCCCGCCUCCCGCCUCCAGAGCGGCGGCGCGAGCAGCUGGAGGAGGAGUGGCGGCACCGGGCUUCUCCCCGCGGGGGCCCCCCAGCAUGGUUGACUAUAUUGUGGAGUUUGACUAUGAUGCUGUACAUGAUGAUGAAUUAACUAUUCGAGUUGGGAAUAUCAUCAGGAAUGUGAAAAAACUACAGGAGGAAGGAUGGCUAGAAGGAGAACUAAAUGGAAAAAGAGGAAUGUUUCCUGAUAAUUUUGUUAAGGAAAUUAAGAGAGAGACAGAAUCCAAGGAUGACAAUUUGCCCAUCAGACGGGAAAGGCAUGGGAAUGUAGCAAGUCUUGUACAACGAAUAAGCACCUAUGGACUUCCAGCUGGAGGAAUUCAACCACAUCCACAAAUUAAAAACAUUAAGAAGAAGACCAAGAAGCGUCAGUGUAAAGUUCUGUUUGAGUACAUUCCACAAAAUGAUGAUGAACUGGAGCUGAAAGUGGGAGAUAUUAUUGAUAUUAAUGAAGAGGUAGAAGAAGGCUGGUGGAGUGGAACCCUGAACAACAAGUUGGGACUGUUUCCCUCAAAUUUUGUGAAAGAAUUAGAGGUAACAGAUGAUGGUGAAACUCAUGAAGCCCAGGAAGAUUCAGAAACUGUUUGGACUGGUUCUACCUUGUCUUUGCCGUCUAUGGGGAGUGGGAAUGAAAGUGCACCUGGAUCGGUUAUGCAGCCAAAGAAAAUUAGAGGAGUUGGAUUUGGAGACAUUUUUAAAGAAGGCUCUGUGAAACUUAGGACAAGAACACCCAGCAGUGAAAUAGAAGAGAAGAAAUCAGAAAGGUCACAAGGAUCCAGAACUCAGAGUGUGGAGAUGAAAACAGACACUGAAGGUAAAAUUAAAGCUAAGGAAUAUUGUAGAACAUUAUUUGCCUAUGAAGGUGCUAAUGAAGAUGAACUUACUUUUAAAGAGGGAGACAUAAUCCACUUGAUAAGUAAGGAGACUGGAGAAGCUGGCUGGUGGAAGGGUGAACUUAAUGGUAAAGAAGGAGUAUUUCCAGACAAUUUUGCCAUUCAGAUAAAUGAACUGGAUAAGGACUUUCCAAAACCAAAGAAACCACCACCUCCUGCUAAGGGUCCAGCCCCAAAACCUGAACUGAUAUCUGCAGAGAAAAAGUGUUUUCCUAUAAAGCCUGAAGAAAGAGAUGAAAAGUCCAUGCUGGAACAGAAACCUAAACCAGCUGCUCCACAAGUCCCACCCAAGAAGCCUACUCCACCCACCAAAGCCAAUAAUUUAUUGAGAUCUCCUGCAACAAUGUAUACAAAGCGACCUGAGAAACCAGUUCCUCCACCACCACCUGUACCCAGGAUUAAUGGGGAAGUGUCUACCAUUUCAUCAAAAUUUGAAACCGAGCCAGUAUCAAAACCAAAGCUAGAUUCUGAACAGUUACCACUUAGACCAAAAUCAGUAGACCUAGAUUCAUUUACAGUUAGGAGCUCUAAAGAAACGGAUCUCGUAAAUUUUGAUGAUAUAGCUUCCUCAGAAAACUUGCUACAUCUCACUGCAAAUAGACCGAAGAUGCCUGGAAGAAGGUUGCCGGGCCGCUUCAAUGGUGGACAUUCUCCAACUCAAAGCCCAGAAAAAAUCUUGAAAUCACCAAAAGAAGAAGAUAGUGCCAACAUAAAGCCAUCUGAAUUUAAAAAGGAUUCUAGCAGUUCUCCAAAGCCAUCUCUGUACCUUUCAACACCUUCAAGUCCUUCAAAACCAAAUAUAACUGCUUUCGUAACUCCAAUAGAAAUUAAAACUAAAUCAGAAGCAGAUGAUGGGGGAAAAAAUUCCCUGGAUGAACUCAAAGCUGAGGUGAUUGAACUCCUGUGCAUUAUAGAAGCACUGAAAAAGGAUCAUGGGAAAGAACUGGAACAACUACGAAAGGAUUUGGAAGAAGAAAAGGCAAAGAGAAUUAAUCUAGAGGUAGAAAUAGAGAAGCUGAAAAAAGCAGUCCUGUCUUCUUGAAGAGGCACAGACCCAGUAUUUUCACUGAUACAGGGACUCAGAACAACACUAUGAAUUUCAACUAACUUGUUACUUAAAAUGCUGAUGUUGUGAUGAAGAAAUACAAGUAUUUGAACUAUAAUAUCUAUAUAAAAGUAGGGGGAGGGUGAAUUUUUUUAUAUAUUUUGUUUUGCCAAUAUGAGGGGGAAAAGAGGCCUUAUUUCUUAUGUGCUGGGAUUGCAAACUUCUUUUUUAGUUUGCUUGAAAAUACUACUGAAUCUGUAUAAAAAGGAAAAAGUUCACAAGUUUUUUUAUUGAAACUUGUAGUAUUAUUUUUAAAGAGAUCUAUACUAUAAAUAUGGUGAUAUCUUUACAAAUAAUCUGUAAAAUAUACUAUUUGAGAGAGACAAAUUAGCUUUAUAGUAACUAUAGUCACUACUUUUCCCAUACAUUAUACAUAAGGGUUAUAAACUUUAUACAUAAGGGAUAUAUACUUUGUAUGUAUAUAUAUAUUUUUUUUUCUUUCACUUUUAGCUUGUUAUCCAGGAUUACACUGUUGUGCCUGUUUGUUUGCAGUGCUGUUUAUAUUCUGGGCAAUGAAAUAGGAGUUUCCUAGCUAUAUAUACCAAAUUACUCACCCGUGCAUAUAGUAAAGCUAAUGAAAUAAUCAAAAUAACUUCAUCUGCCUUUGGAAUAUUUUAUAUGGCUUGCACUAUAGGAUCUAUAAAAGGAAUUUAGUUGAGGUGGAUUGUUAAAUAUAUUCAGGAAAAUAUGAGCUACAUUUGAAAUUCAUUCGGUCUAAAGAACAUUUAGUCAAUUUAACCCUUAACUUAUGCCUACAAACUAUAGCACACACAUAAUAUGCAAACACCAAUCUAAUUGCUGUGCUUUUCUGCUUCUUUUACAGGCUUAUAUAUUACUCAUUUCAUGAUCUUGUGGUUUAAUUCUUUAUGCCCCUCCCUCUGGUUUUUGAUAGGUGAACAAAACUAAACUUCAGACUUUCAGAAGCUCAGUAUGAGGUUUCAUACUUUGACAAGUUAUCUUUAUGUAAAUACUCAGGUUUUACAAUGUUUAAUUGAUCUAAUACCAAACAACGUGGUGGAGGUAUUUUGGGAUGUGAUUUAGGAACCAGCUUUAUAAAGAGUGUUAGUAUGUCAUAAAAUUGUAGCUUAUUUAAAACCAAAUAUAGUUGUCCAUAUUCAAAGUGCCUUUUCACAAAGUGGAUGAUUUAAGCAUUUCUUCAGUCACUUAUGGACAGUUGAACUUUGUUUUUUUCCUCACUCAAUGAUAUGUUUAUUGAUAUUUUAGAGAGAGAGGAAGGGAAAUAAACAAACAUGGACUGGCUGCCUCCUAUAUGCACCCCAACAGGGGAUCAAACCCUCACCCUGUGUGUGUGCCCUGACUGGGGAUGGAGCCUGCAGCCUUUUGGUGCAUGGCAUGAUCUUCUGACCAAGUGAGCUGCCUGGACAGGGCAACAAUUGGGCAUUUUAAAGUGUUACAUGUAUAGCCUUAAAAUGUCAGUUAUAUUAAAAGUAGAAAUUUGAUGUUUUAUUUGCAAAAAAAUUGAAAUUUUAAUAUUUUUUAUUGCAAAUGACUUUCAUAUUUUGAGUACCCUCUAUCAUGCUUCCAUUUUAUGUUAUUUUAAAGCACCAAACCAAUAUGUUUCCUUUACAAUUUUGAUACUACAAUACUGAAACGUUGUUAAAUGAAAUUGUCAGAUUUCAAAUAAAAUAACUGAAGUUGAAAAUAAUAGAAAUUCCAGUACAUAGUUACUUUGUUAGAUUCUCAACUUAGUGAGGUGGGUUUUUUUCUAACAAGCCUGAUUGUAUUGAGUAUGUAUGCAUAUUCUAACUCCUUUAAAGUCCUUGGGCUUGUCUGAUGAGGUCAUUACUGAACACAAUUGUUAACUCUUGUUCUAAUUUUUUUUUACCCUAAUGUUUCUCACCCCAGGACAUGGUUAUUGAUUUUAGAGAGAGGGGAAGGGAGGGAGAGAAACACACACUGAGAGACAAACAUUGGUCGGUUGCCUCACACAUGCGCCCCAGUGGGGCUGAACUGACAACACAGGCAUGUGCCCGGACUGGUAAUCAAACCCGUAACUUUGAGCCACACCAGGCAGGGCCUAAUGUUUUAAAUGACUUGUCAAUUGAAUGAUUUCUUCUUGUUAAAUAUGUUAGAUCAUAUCUUUUCAUGAAAGUCCUGAAGUAUAAAUAUAAACAGUGUAUCUUAGAAAUCAUCCUCCAUCUUUCUGUCUGGGGAAAUCUGUUAAGUGACUCCUCCUCCCCUAAUAAUGGGGUGGGGGAAUUUCCAGCAGAUUUCAGGCUGUUCUUAAAGUUUCGGCAGGUCGUUCUCUCACUAGCACAUGAAAUCAAGAUGGUCAUGGGUCCGGAAGUGCAUUUAAAGUAUUUGCUUAUGAACUUCCUCAGUCAGAAUAGAAAAGAUAUUUAAAAGUACUAUUUUUCUGCCUUUGACCAAAAAGUGAAGAAAACCAAACAAACUUGUACAGGGAAAACUGAUUACUUUAAUCUAGCAAUUUAUCAGUAUUUGUUCUUGAUACGGAAUUUUAUUAAUUCCUGUUCAUAAAGUUUAUAACAAAAUAGUAUAGAAUAGCCUUUACUUGGAAGUUAAGUCAUCAUCAUCAUUGGCUGUGAAAGAAUGAACAUAAAUGACAGAUGAGAGGUGAAUAAAUAGCACAGAAUCUGUCAUUGCCAAAUUGUUUGUAAAUGUAUUGUUUAAGUUUAAUUUUCCUAAUUGUAUUUCGGUAUUUGUGGUGUGUGUAUGUUGGCGGGCGGAGGGGGGGGAGGGGGUGACCACAAAGCUUCUUUACAAAAUUUAAUUCUGAAAUGUCUUCAGAAAAUUUAGGUCUGAAGAUAGGAAGAGGAAGUGGGACACAGGAGUAACAGAUGGUUCUUUUGUACGUGGUUCUUACUGUGAUCACAGAGAAAACCCAAGUGCUCUCCAGAUUUGUCGCUGAACAUAUUUUUGCUUGCAUUUAAACUUGAAAUAUAUGAACAGAAUGAGACAAUCAGUUAAAAC